AUGUAUCAUUUUGAAAAUGAUGUUAAUAUGUAUUCUCUUUCCACUUAUACUUACACCAAUAACAUUAAUUCAGAACAAAACGUUCCAUCGUUGUCAUUUGAUGCUUAUGCAAAUUACGGGAGAUCCGAAAACUAUUAUCCAGGGUCAUCUUUUCUUUCAUAUACACCAUCACAAGCUGCUCAAUCGAAUGAUAUCUAUAUGGUUUCACCUAGUACACCACAAAUCGAUCCAAGUAUCUGGUUUAUCGAUUCAUUUACAUCCAACGAUACUUUAGUUACUCAACAAACGAAUCUAAUUACAAAUAAUAAUACUUUACGAAAAAAACAAGAAAAUUAUAAGAUAUGUUCGGAUUGUGGAACAGAUCAAACUUCAACAUGGCGUAAAUACGGAACAAGCCAUUUGUGCAAUCCGUGCGGAAUUUAUCGUACAAAAUAUGGAAUUCAACGUCCAACUUAUCGAGAUGUUGAUGGUAAAAUUAGAAUCAAGCGAAGAAACACACAACAAAAUAGGGAAUGCGCGAAUUGUAGAACUACCGAAACUCCAUGUUGGAGAAAACUUGAAGAAAGGAGAUUAUGCAAUAAGUGUUGUUUGUAUCAGAAAUUACAUGGUCAUCCGAGACCACAAAGGAUUCGAGGACGACCGUUCUAA